AUGACUCAGAUUGAUUCUCAAGAGGAUGAUUUAGAAGUGUCUGCGCAGGAAUUCAAUAAAAUAACCAGUAUUCAUCACAAAAGCGGCUACAAAGAUGGGAUUUCCGAUGGGAGGGAGCAGAAGUUCCAGGAGGGAUUUGAUGCUGGUUUCCGGGAUGGAUUCCACCAUGCUUUCUUGGUGGGGAAAUACAAGGCAUUGGCGUGGGAAAAGGAGCAGAAAAAGGAGAAAGAAAAGGAAGAUGUCGGAAGCAGUUCGUCAUCCGGCGACUUUCUGCUGAAGAAUCCUCACCUGGGCCACUGUCAGAUCUGCCUGGACCCUACUCUGUUGGAAAAGAACUUGGGGGAAUUGCAGGAACUCAAUGCCAAUCACACGGAAAAAAUCCACAAGAGGAUAGAAGAAAAAUUCAGGGAUCUCAGAGAUCUCAGGCCAGAUCCAGGGAAAUGAUUUUUAUUGUGUAAGAAAAUCAAGCUGAUUAUAAUUUGAUGUUUAUAAGCAAAAUAUAAUUAGAGAUACAGUCCUUC